UCUCUUCCCUCCUUUCCUAGGCUCCACUUGCCGUAGCAUACAUCCUCCCGUGGGGUUUGACUGGAUCAUUUAUUUAUCUUGUGCGCAUUAAGAAACCACCAUUAGGCUUUGGUGGGAGGUGCCUUACUUUCUGCGCGCUAGCCUGCCUCCCCUGCGCCGCGAUAGGAAUACACAAUUGAACAGAAGCUGCAAGCUUGGCAGGAGCUGCCUUCUGCGUGUCUAUUUAUUUGCCGGAUCCGUAUUUUUUGCCGACUGGGUCACUGUCGCUCCGUUUCUAGGGUUUCAUCUUCUUUUUUAUUAUUAUAUUAUUAUCAUUAUCGUGUGUGUGGAUUUUUAUUAUCUUUUUCUAUAUUUUUUUUUUUUCCGGGAACCCUCGCCGGAGUUUCGACGCCGGGCCGGACUUAGUGCUGGCGCGGAGGAGCUGCGCGGAGCCGUACCUCCUGCCCCGGGCCCCGCCCGCGGAUCGGCCUCCCUGGCCCGGCGCCGGCCGCGGAGUAGCGAGUGCGCUACGCCACGCCGCGCCGCCGCCUCCCCGCGGAGCAGCCGAGGGAUGCUGCUGCGCCGCGGCCGGGCAUAGGUAGGAGCCGAGCGGGCGGGGGAGGGAGCGGAGGGAAGCAAGGAAAGACGGAAAGAAAAGAUCCCCCAGCCCCAAGGGGAGAGAAAAAAGAAGAGAGACGAGAAGGAGCGUGAAUGUGAAGGAAUGUGCCUGCCCGCUGCCGGAGCCGCACGGUUGGGAUAAAAAAAAAAUAAAAACCCAGGAGGCUGAUUCUUGCGACUUAUCACCUGGAAAAAAAAAAAAGAACCAACAACCAAACAACAAAAAAAAGCAAAGAGAGGAAAGAAAGCCUCUGCGAUCGAAGAGGCUGAAGCGAGCAGCGCAAGAGGAGGACACUCGGCGGAUGGCGCGGCCGUACCGGUGACUCCGCGGCCGCGGGAGGCUGCGCGGAGCAUGCCGUGCUGGCGGCGUGACUGAGCGGGGCGCUCCCGCCGCCCGCGCCGCCCUCCCCUCCGCCCCCCUCCGCCGCAUGCCGCCGGCAGCCGCGGCGCGCUGAUGCCCCGGGGCCGCGGCGGCGCUGCGGACGGCCCCUAGAAUGAGCGAGGGGGCUGCCGGCGCCGCGGCGCCCGGAGCGGCAGAGGCGGCGGCGGCGGGGGGCCCGGGCGGGGAUGGAGCCGGGGGUCCGCCGCGGGAGCUGCGCUGCAGCGACUGCAUCGUCUGGAACCGGCAGCAGACGUGGCUGUGCGUGGUGCCUCUCUUCAUCGGCUUCAUCGGCCUGGGGCUCAGCCUCAUGCUGCUCAAGUGGAUCGUGGUGGGCUCCGUCAAGGAGUACGUCCCCACCGAGCUGAUGGACGCCAAGGGCGUGGGGCAGGACCCCUUCUUCCUCUCCAAGCCCACCACCCCGCCCCGCGGCGCGGAGACUACUGCCGCCGCCACGCCGCGGCCACCUAGCCGCGUCAGCCCCCGCCUCACCACGAUGAGCCGGGCCCCCCCGCGACCUCCCGGCACCCGCGGACCAGCGCGGGGCGGCCCGCGGCCCACCGCAGCUCGGCACCCCGCCGCGCCCCACACGGCGCCGCCCGCCAGCGGUACCCCCGGCACAGUCGGCCGCGGCGCUCGGCCGCCGCCCGCUGCCGCCCCCAGCACCCCGCCGCUGCCCGCAUGGCCCACUGCGGCACACGCUACCUCCUCCUACAAGAUCUAUGUCCACGACUCGGCGCCGUCGUGGACCUUGUCUCCCUUUCAGGAAUCAACCACCACCACACCGGAGGCCAGCACGACCCCAAAAAUCCAUACUACAACGUAUUCCACUGAGCGAUCUGAGCACUUUAAGCCAUGCAAAGACAAGGAUCUUGCGUAUUGUCUCAAUGAAGGGGAAUGCUUUGUGAUUGAAACCCUAACAGGAUCACAUAAACACUGCCGGAGGAAAACCAACAGGGUUGUGACUGUUACUUAAAGCUCUAUGGUGACUGAAUAUAACUCAAAAACGUCAAACUUUCAAAUCCCAUUUUUGCCUGUAGGCAAGAUGUAUUCUUCCGCACA